AUGUGGUUCUGCCAUGGGCAGUUUGCAGGGCAGACCAAGCAUGUUGGUGCGGUAUAGACUGUUAGAACUGGGGGCACUGUCUGUCUAGUAGAUAAUGGUAAUUGUUAAGUUAUUUCAUUAAGGUUAAGGAUUCAUAGCUCCACUGCGUAUAAAUGAUAUUCGAAAUUAUGGUCUGAAUCAGCCUUAACCCUCCACAAUCCCAUGUCUGGGAUUCUGUGGAACAAUGUCUCUUUGCAUUCUCUAGAGCCCUGACCCAUCUGCCCAAAUAUGUGGCUUCAGGGGAUAUGUGGCUUCAGAAUGUCAAAAAAUUCAGAGUGCUAGUAACAUCCCAGGGACCUGAUAUGCUUAAAGCUAUGCCCAUUGUUCUCCAGUUAUAGUCCAUCAGUUUCCAGUCUGUCAUUCUCCAGUUACAGCCUUUCAUUUUCCAGUUACAGCCCGUCGUUCUCUAGUUAAAGUCCUUCUUUCUCCAGGUACAGUCCUUCAUUCUCCAGUUACAGUCCUUCUUUCUCCAGGUACAGUCCUUCAUUCUCCAGUUACAGUCCUUCGUUCUCCAGUUUCAGUCCGUCGUUCUCCAAUUACAGCCCGUCAUUCUCCAGUUAUAGUCCAUCAGUUUCCAGUCUGUCGUUCUCCAGUUACAGCCUGUUGUUCCUGCCCAUCGGUCUUUAGUUACAGCCCAUCAUUCUCCAGUUACUGCCCGUCAUUCUCCAGUUACAGUCCAUCGUUCUCCAGUUUCAGUCUGUCAUUCUCCAGUUACAGCCCGUCAUUCUCCAGUUACAGUCUGUCGUUCUCCAGUUAAAGUCCUUCGUUCUCCAGGUACAGUCCGUCAUUCUCCAGGUACAGUCCAUCAUUCUCCAGUUUCAGUCCGUCGUUCUCCAGUUACAGUCCACCGUUCUCCAGUUACAGCCCUUCAAUCUCCAGUUUCAGUCCGUCGUUCUCCAGUUACAGUCCAUCGUUCUCCAGUUUGAGUCCGUCGUUCUCCAGUUAUAGCAAGUCGUUCUCCAGCUUCAGUCCGUCGUUCUCCAGUUAAAGCCCGUCGUUCUCCAGUUAAAGCCCGUCGUUCUCCAGUUUCAGUCCAUCGUUCUCCAGUUAAAGCCCGUCGUUCUCCAGUUUCAGUCCGUCGUUCUCCAGUUAAAGCCCGUCAUUCUCCAGUUAAAGCCUGUCGCUCUCCAGUUACAGCUCGUCGUUCUUCAGUUACAGCUCCUUGUUCUCCAGUUACAGCUUGGAUAAGUUUAAUUAGGCCUUUAUAA